AUGGGACCCCACCAGAACUUGGAGAUAGGAACCCCCUGGAGGAUGACCACAGAAGCAGGACCUCACUGGAACUCUGAGACUGGACUCUCAGAGACAGGAUCCCUCUGGAACUUGUUGACAGAAUCCCACUGCAGGACGGCCAUGGAGACAGAACCCCCACUGACAGAAGAAGGCAGUGAUGGGACCCCUCUGAAGCAUGACCCAGAGAAUGGACUCGCUGGCCGGAACACGCGACGAGGCAGAGUUCCUCACACUGUCACUCCUUCUACAAUAUGUGUUUUAAUAUAUAUUUUCCUUGGGUCAUUAUCUGUUGUCACAGUAUGUGGAAACCUUCUGGUAAUAAUCUCUAUCAUUUACUUCAAACAGCUCCACACUCCUACAAACUCUCUCAUCCUCUCUCUGGCUGUAGCUGACCUGCUUGUUGGUGUUGUAGUUUUUCCUCUCAGCAUGGCCUUCUCUCUUAGCUCAUGUUUACAUUAUGAACAUUUAUUUUGCAAAGUGAGAGAAGGCUUUGAUAUAACACUGAGCACAGCUUCCAUUCUGAAUUUAUGUUGUAUUUCCAUAGACAGAUAUUAUGCAGUGUGUCAGCCUCUGACAUACAGAACUAAGAUAAAUGGUCGUGUUGUUGUGGUUAUGAUUCUGGUCAGCUGGAGUGCUUCAGCUAGUGUUACAAUUAGCCUCAUGGUACAUGAUUUACACCAAGAAAGAUGUAAAGAAAAUUGUUUUCUUCAUGUUUUACUAAUAAACACAUUCGGAAUAAUUUCCUCAUUUUAUGGACCAGUCAUCAUAGUGCUCUCUAUCUACCUAAAGAUUUUCGUGGUGGCACAGAGACAGGCACACAGCAUCAGGAACACAACCUGUCAGAGCUCAAAGUCUGGAACAACCAUUAGUAAGAACGAGAGAAAGGCCACAAAAACUUUGGCUAUCGUACUGGGAGCUUUUCUGAUGUGCUGGACUCCCUACAUGAUUGUUUUUUCUCUUAAGACUUUGAAUCCUAUUUUUGUGUCAGUGCCACUUCCGCUGUUUGAAACUCUUAACUGGCUUGCACUGUCAAAUUCAAUGCUCAAUCCAUUUAUUUAUGCUUUCUUUUACAGCUGGUUCAGGUCAGCUUUCAGAAUGGUCAUUUCUGGGAAAAUAUUUCAAGGUGAUUUUGCAAACACAAAAUUGCUCUGA